UGAAAAACCAUGCAACUUAACUCUCCCGUGAUCGUGCAUAAAUUUUGAAGAGCAACCUCAAGUAACAAGUGGUUAGCACAAAUCUUAUUGUUUUUUUGAUCAAUUUCUAUGUAGGGAUUGGCUGAAAUGCAGUUUGCUCAUGUUACUAUAAAUAGGAUGAACUUGACCUAUAGUUUGGUCUCAUGACUGACUGUGCACCAAAAAGGGUGUGCAUAGUUAGCAAAAAUGGAAAGUUCAGCAGAUGAACCACAAAAUGGCAAAGAAUUAGAGAGUCCUGAAAAACGUUCUAUGGAGGAAAGCAAUCAAAGUAAAUCUGUUACUUCUGAAAGUAAUCAUUCCAACCACUCUUCUAGUAAAGAUAAAGACAAACAAUCUGGGAAAAGAUCACAUUCAUCCAGUAGUGGCAGUCCAAGGAGGAGGUCAAAUGCAGAAACAGAUGGUAGCCUCAGUCCAAAGAAACAAAAACGGAGAGAUGAAAACAGGGAAAAGUCUGACAGAAACAAAUAUCAGCAAAGCUCAAGUGAGAGAGGAGACAAGAUUGAUCAGAAACACAAGAAGUCUCACCAAGAUGACAAGAGACAUUCACCAAAAAGAAAAGAGACUGGUGUAGACAGAAGUAGUUCUCAAAAACAUGAUGACAUUUAUAGUCCACAAAAAGGAUCAGACAAAGAACAGAGUUAUGGGGAGAAAUCUUCUACAAAGGGCCAAAAAUUAGAGAGUCCUGAUAAAGUUUCCACGAAGGGUAGCAAACAGUGUAAAUCUGUUGCUUUUGAAAAUAGUCAUUCUACUUCCCCAGAAGUAGGUAGUCCUAGGAAAAAAUCUCGCUUUGAUUCAAGUGAUUCAAAAUUUAAGAAAGAUGACAGUGUUAAUCUGUUAAAGCAGGACUAUAGCAAGGACAAAAAAGAAAAUUUUGAAUACUUCUUUGGGAAACAAUCACCAUUCAGCAAUUUUCAUACUGCUAAGUUCCAAGUUGAUAAAAUCACUUAUUGCUGCAGUGAGCAGUACAUGAUGCACCAAAAAGCAGUGACAUUUAAGGAUGGUGUACAUGCUCAUGAAAUAAUGAGGGCGACAGAUCCAGUCAAAAUGAAGAAUCUUGGACGACAAGUAAAAAACUUUAAUGCCGAUUACUGGGGCAGGAGUAGUGAAAGAAUUUUAAAAAAAGGAGUUAAGGCGAAGAAUCACUGGGCCAAUUUCAAGCAAACUUGGCACAAAGCAUCCUUGGGUGAAGGAUUCAAGUCUGUUCAAAUGAAGGGCCAUGCCCCCUUCAAAGGGGAGAUAUUCACAAAAAUGCAAAAUGGGGUGGGGUCAUUUAAAAAGCCUCUCAAGAACCAGUGGACGAGAAUAGUUUCUACAGAAUGGACAUCUGAAGAAAGCCUUGAUUAUAACGUUUCCUCGUAUUCUGGUGGAAGCGGCACCACGCGACAGGUUAUGGGGGAUUGGGUGUGGUGCCAACAACAUAAAAGCUCACUGCCGUACAACCUGGAGGGGGAAGAACAAGCUUGGAUACCUACUCACAGAAGUCAGGAAUGAAAUCAUGGAGGAAGAGGGAUAUUUUUCAUGAACUUGUUACCUUUAAAUGUCAUGCUGAUGAGGCAUUUAGUUGUUGUCUGAAGUAAAACACUGCAUUGUGUCUGUUAAUUUCAUGUUUACAUUUGCUGUGGUUUCUAUAAUGAAGCAGUAGUUAGAUACACUGUUGAACAGUGAACACAUAUCUUGUGUAUCAUUUUGUGCUUUGAAUAUUUUGCUCAUUUAAAAAACUAAUAAAAACUUUUUCAGAGAU